GUUUUAUUUUAUAUCAUUCUGUAAGAGGACGAUACACUUCUGACUACAUUCAGUCUCGAUUCACUGGUUCAAGGUAUACGAGUACACCACAUAAGGAAAUGAUGUUUAAGAAACUGAUCUGUUUCUGCCUGGUAGUAGCAAUUGUUCGCAGCGAUACAACGGAAGAAGACCCCAGCCCUAUAGAAACAUCUCCCACAACAUCUAUCAGUGUGAUCCCAGCUUUAGAAGAACUAAAAAAACAUGGAGCAAACACAAAGAAUAAAGGAGUUUCUCUUCGUUCCUCGGACUCGCUUUUCGGACUCGGGAUCGGUGCAAAUCUGCUAGGAGUGCAUGCAGGCGCAGGUAUAGGCCAUGGCCGUGGAGGCUAUGGUGAUAUGGGCCAAGGGUUUGUUGGCAAACCUGCGGGAGGCCAAUAUCCAAAAUAUCCACAGUACCCACAGUAUCCCAUAUAUCCAUACCCUUCGUAUAUGCAACCACAGCCAUACUACCUCCCAACAGCUCGUCUACAACAGUGAACUAUUCAAUGAAUGCCACCUCCAACGUGUUACCUUCCCCCUUGCACAUAAAUAGAUUUCAGUUGGAGAUCUCAUUGAAUAGGGAUCUCCAUAUCUACUUAGUUAUUUAGCACUACUCAAUGAUACUUUCACGAAUGAAGCAUUAAAGAA